AUUCGACAUCACGCGCUCGAGGGCGACCCAGAGAGCGAUUCACGGCUCCUACUCGGAGGCUUCCGGCUGUCCUUUCAUAGCGCCGGCCGCAGCGAUAAGGCCAGCGCCACCCGGUGGGUGAUCUCUAUUGAGACACUCUCCAAGAGCUCUAAGAGCGACCGCCACGCGCGCGCGCGCCACGCCGCAGCCAUGGCCGAGCAAUCAUCAACAAAGGACGAAGCCAAGACGCCCUUCACGAUCAUCACCGGAUUCUUAGGGGCCGGCAAGACGACCCUCAUAAACUACAUACUGACGGAGCAGCGGGACAAGCGCAUUUGUGUUAUAGAAAAUGAGUUCGGCGAGAUCAAUAUCGACGAGAAGCUCGUGUCGGCCAAUAUGGCGUCGAAGGAGGACCUGAUCCAGAUGGACAACGGCUGUGCUUGCUGUUCGAUAAGAGGUGACUUAGUACGCACAUUAGGAGGAUUAGUAGAGAAAAGACAACAAUUUGAUGCGGUGAUGCUCGAGACGACGGGUCUGGCCGACCCGGCGCCGAUCAUCGCAACAUUGAAAAGUAAUCAAUGGAUUGAUGAUAAUUUUGCGAUCGACGCGGUUUUUGCCAGUGCCGAACUUCAAGGUUUACUUCAAUUCGGGGUGGGUCGCGGUCUGCUGCUCUCUGGGUACGGUCGCGGGCGUCGCUCGGCGGUCGUGGCCGAGUUUGAGCUUCCACGCAGGUCGUCUGCCUCGCGAGCGCGAAGCACGUCAAGGCGCACCUCGAGGAGCAGAAGCCGGACGGUGCGUGCUGCGGCGUCCUUGCUUGGUCGCGCGGCGGUGGCGUCGCGGCGAUGGCGUGGGGGUGGGAGUGCGAGUCUCCCCGGCGCGCCCGUCGACGCCGUCGCCGAGACACACACACACACGCAACUCACUCGCGUCGCUGCUGGUGGCUCGCGCCGAGCUAGCGCUGCCACCGCCCCCACGCCGUCGCCGCGACCCAUCGUGGAGCGAAUCUCACGACGCGAAAAACGCAGGCGCCGUCAACGAGGCCGUGCAACAAGUAGCUUUCAGUGAUAAGAUCUUGCUCAAUAAAGUGGACCUGGUGACGCCGGACGAGCUCACAGCCAUAAGGAAGGACAUCCGGAAGAUCAAUCAUUUUGCUGAAGUGAUCGAGUGCGAGAGGUCCCGAGUCGACCUGAAGAAGAUUAUUGGGAUCAAUUCGUUUGACAUCGAGAAGUGCAUUGAUCUCGAUCCCGUGCUCUUCAAGAAGACGGAAGGGUCAGAAGAACCCACGAGUGGAAAGGUGCACGACCUGUCGAUGGUGUCCUCCUGUGGUAUCAGUGUGGAGGGGUUCCUGGACGUCCCGAAGUUCAACAUCUUCAUGGCUGAACUCUUACAAACGAGAGCUGCCGAUUUGUAUCGGUCGAAGGGCGUGUUGUCUUUCGCGGGACAGGGCGACCAAAAAUUCGUCUUUCAGGGCGUGCACGAGCAGAUCGACUUCGGGCCGGCCCAGACGCAGUGGCAGAAAGGUGAGAGACGUGUCAGCAAGAUCGUGUUCAUCGGGCGGAACCUCGACCGCAAGUUCCUCACGGAGAAGAUCGAAAGUUGCUUGGUGCCCGGGGCGACGGAGUAGGCGGGGGUCCCUCCUAAGCAUGUGCUCCCUUUUGUA